UCGAAGAGCAGGCAGGCUCAGUGUGCUCCAUGAGCCUGGCCAGUGAGGAAGUGAGUGUGUUGGACUACUGCGCGGAGGACUGUGUGAGUUACUUCCCUUAAGUGCUGUUCCGCCAGGCCCUUUGUGAGGCCGUGUGUCGCGAUGGUGAUUGGAGGAGCCGCGUGACACCUCACCUGCCUCGGGCCAAAGCACUGUCCCCACUGGUCCUUGGUCCUCCACGCUGGCCAGUCACUGCACGCCACGUCGAGACCAGAUGGGCAUUUCCCUGAAGCAACAAAGAGGAGCUGUAAGAUUAAUGGAACAGUUGAUUAUCUUAUUUAUUUUAAAUGCUAGACGCAGAAAAGUGUGGUGGUAGUGAAUGGGAAAUGUGCUGAAAGUUUGAAAAUAAGAAGAAAAAUCUGUCUUCCAUCGUGACUGGCUGGAGUUUUGCUGUUUUCCUGUGACGUGGCUGGUUGUGACUGGCUGUCCUUAAACUCACAGUCACCCUCGAUAUUCCAUGAGGUCGUUGAACUAGAUGAGCAUCUGCUAUGAACGGAAAACUAAGUGAUAUGAAGUCAGCACUAGAGGAAAGUAGAUGGAAGGGAGAUAAAUUCAGAAAAUAAAUAAAGCACUGUAAUAAAGUGGUAAACUAAAGAAAAUUACCAUUAAAGUAAUAAAGUCAUUACCAAAUAAUUAAAAAUUCCAGUGUGUUUCAUCUCUACAUCAGUUCGUUUGUUUACACCACAAGAGGAAUACGAAUAUAUAAUUGUUCGCUAUGAAACACGAAGAAAACAAUAACCUAAAAGAAGAAAAUAGAUCAGUGCUAACACAACACAUCUAGAUGAAUAAAGGAACAUAAUUGUACGCAGAAACACAAACAGAAAGAAGAAUGCGAGGAAAACCUGAUAAUCUAAAGAAAACGCAGCAAGAGACCAGCGUGAGUAAAUAAAAAGAAAAUUGUUUAAUCUAACCUCCUUUUUCUUCAACCUUGACCUUUGGCUUGAUUCAGGCCACCUUGACGAGCCGAAGAAAAAGAGAAACACCAUCAUGAAGCUUGAUUAGGAAGUGAAAGGAGGGAAGAAGAGGAAACAUCACGUAGUUAGAUGCCCUUAGGGAAAGUAAAAGUAAAGGUGGUAGAAAUGGAAACGACGAACUGAGAGUGACUAAAGUAAAGAAAGGAAGAGCCAAACAACAACGUGAAUAGAAGUGAUAUAUUCUCAUAACGAAAGAAAUAGGAAAAAUAAAUCAUAUCAACAAACACGCAAGGAAAAAAAUAAACAGUAGUUCCCUAAAGAAGAACAAUAACAGUCACUUCAAAAAAUAAGUGACACGAACGAAAAAGAAAAAAAUAAAUAAAGUAACGAGCAAUAACAACACUUAAAACAUUCACUUCAAAAACGGAAGAGAAAAGCAGAAAAAAAAAGUGUAAAGAAAACGUUGACUUAACACAUUUGAUAAGAGAGUUACUGUUGGUAGUGAGUGCGUGAUGUUGCCUUCCCCAAUGCGCGCCCUGUGCCUCGGCCCCCGCGAGCACGUGGGGGCCGACGAGGCAGACGAGGAGCCUCACGACGAACUCCACCUGGCUGUGCUCACCGGCAGGACCAAGAGGAUCAAGAACCUACUGAGGAAAGGUGUCCAUAUCGAGAGCGUCAACACCCACGGCCAGACGUCGCUCUUCUGCGCUUCCUUCGGCGGAGACAACGAGGUGGUGGCUCUCCUGCUGCGCCUGGGAGCCAACCCGAACAGGCGGUGCGGCGGGAAGGGCUCCACUCCAGUCCACGCCGCCUCCUACAGGGGAUCGAGGCGGGUGUUGAGACUUCUGGUAGAGGCCGGCGGGGACCUCACCUUCAGGGACUAUGAGAAUCAGACGCCCAGAGACUACGCCCUGAAGCAACCAUCACCCAUCCGCCGUCAGAAAAUCCUUCACUUCCUGGACCUGUUGCUGGCCAUGACCCUGCAUCGCUCCCUGGCCCGCGGCGCCCCCCACCACGCCCCCUCCCUCGACCCCGCCGCCGCUGCAGCCUCGCACACCUCGUCACCCACCUCCCCGCCCAUCGUGCCCGGCUCCUCUUCCGCCACUUUGCCCCACGCCGCCUCCAAGACCAGCCUCGCCCUCAAGCGGCAGGGGAGUCUGGCCAGCGUGUGGGGGGCGUGUGUGACAGAUGGGGGUGAUACAUCUCCCCGCUCACCGCCCUACUCCUCCCCGCCACCAGCCUCCACCCUCCCCAAGACGGUCUCGUGUCACCUACUGGACCAAAUGUACGUGUCCACCUCCCUGCCGCUGCUCACCCCCGCGGACCUGCACCGGCCUGAUGUGACAGGCAUCGCUUACACGUGUGGAGGCCCCACCGUCUACUCCCCUUACACCUGGCUGGGAACAAAAGUCACGGUUCGUCGCCCAACACCCGCCCUCUCCCUGCCCAAGAACAACGCCCAUAAAGUAGGCGAAGACCGUAGCGCCCUCGACCCCGCCGCCUGCAAGAGUCUGCUGCAGGAGUUGUCAGUUCUCCGCCGCCUACGUCACCCUGGCUUCCUGGAGGUGAUGGCCGCUUGUCACGUCGCCUCGCCCUCGCCAGAUCACGUGACGCUCGUCUUCCAGCACGUGCAGCACGGCUCUCUCUACCACCACCUUCACGUGCAGCACCGGGACCUGAGCGUGGGCGGCGCCGUGGAGAUGCUGCUGGGCGUGGUGGAGGCACUCAUUUUCCUCCACGCCCACAACUGGCUGCACGCCGCCGUCACCUCCCACGCCCUGCACCUCGUCUCCACGCACCACGCCAAGCUGGGGGGAUUUGAGUUCGCCAUGGAAAUGCACGGCAAGGGCUGCAGCAUGCGGGCGCCCCAGCUGAGCCCCGCCACCUGGCUGGGACCCUGGCAGGCCCCGGAGACCCUUGAGGAACAGAUGGUGUCCACGCGCUCUGAGGUUUAUUCCCUUACCGCCGUCAUCUGGGAAGUGUGGGCAGGUAUGCCGCCGUGGGCAGGCGUGGAGGACAAGGAGGUGAAGAAGAGGGUGGCUGCUGGCGAGACGCUGCCCACCCUCACCCCUACGCCGCCCUCGCUCAUUACGUACCUCACUCAGUACGGCCUCAAGUGGAACUCACACGAGAGGGAGCUUGACCUGCAGGAGAUCCACACCAUGCUGAGGUCCCUGAAGAUUCAGUCGAACGAGGAGGAGCGCGUGCCGUCAGUGCCUGCGUGGGGCCCUCCCUCAGUGCCCAACACGCCCGUCAUCGGCAGACACAUUCGCGCGGCCACGCCCUCCCAAUCCUCCCAGCGAAGCUCCUCACCUCCUUUGAAGAUCCAUACCCCCAAGGCACAGCCAGACUCACCCCACACCCCGACCCCACAGCCAAACACAGUCCACGCCCACAUCACAGACAUCCAGACGCCCACCAAGCAGCCUCUUGUCAGUGCCAGGAAGACGCCGUCGAGUGCCACGCAGAUAGUGGUGGCGGGCGAGGUCCACCGCAGUGACGACUCGGUGAGGCUGCCGCCAGGACACACCAGACUGUUGCAGGAGGUGCCUGGGAAGGGCAGAGUGUUUGGAGGCGUGGACAGCGGGUUCUCAACGCCAUGCACCCGCACCCCGAGCCCCAACAUGGACACGAUUACCAGUGCCAAAAUCAACCCUUCGUUCCUCACUUCCACGCCCGCUCGGCCGCCUACCACCUGUGUGCUGCGGGCGGACCUGCAGCCUGACCUGCUGCCCAACAAGGUAACGCUCAAGGCGCUCACCAACGGCCACACGCCGGACAUCCUGGCGCGGGGGCCCCAGCGAACCAGGCCGGGGCUUGCGGGGCGGGGCAGGGGGACCUGUUCCAACCUUCCACCCCCCCACUUCCCCCAUCACCCCGAGCUGCCCCACCACAGACUCCGAUCACUCUCGCACCUCCUCCCCCACUGACCCAGGCCGGUCAGGCAGCGGCUACAGCUUUAUCUCCAACGCCGCCAAAAGAGCCUUCCUCAUGGAGGCCGAGGGGGGAGGAGGAGGAGCAGGGAUGGAGUCUGGGGAGCGACCGGCCAGCGCGAGUCGACGCAGCAGCUCCUCAGACAUGCCUCACAGGAUGGACGUGGUACGCCGCGGCCUCAGCCUCACCAACAUCAGUGUGGCCGUCGCCCGCCGGCCCCUCCAAACUCCGGCAGCUUCACUCGCACCGCCUCCCACAUCUCACUGGCCAGCGCCUCCUCCAGCGGUAGUAGUGACGUAUGCGGGCGGCGGCCGGUGCGCACAGUGAGUCAAGUGACGCUCACGAUGCGCAAGUUGUCCCAAGUGUCUGACUCCUCCUCCAGCAAGGACGAGGUGAGCGAGCCGCCGUCCCAAGACCAGCUGAAGGCCAGACGAGCACGAUCGCUGCCCAAGGGCCCAAAACACCCACCCGUCAGUUCCGGGAGGCGGGACAGUGUAUCAGGGUCGACCCACGUGGAGGACACCGCCAUCAAGCCAGCCAGCCACCAGGUGACGCGGCAUUCCUCCUCCUGCUCCCUCGCCAGCGGCCCCUCCAGCCCCACACACUACUCAUCCUCCUCCUCCACCUCCUGGGUUCCCCUCAACCCCGCCAGGCAGCAGCAGCAACUCCAGCAGCAGGCGCCUCCUCCUUCUUCUUCCAUGUCUCAGCAGGCCUCGCCCCAUCCCUCGCCUCCUCCAGCCAGAUCCGCUAAGGGCGGCGUGGGGCGUCGGUGGAGCAGCGUGGGCGGCACCCCGACAGGCCUGGCGGAGACGGCGGUGAAGAUCCAGCCGAGGAGACUAUCGGAGGGACAGCGACCGAGGCCCAGGAGAUCCAGACGCCGGCAGGAGGUGGAGAUCGAGGAGGAGUUCUUUGAUGACGAGUUCAACGCCCUCUUGUUCCAGCAGCCUCACAUGCAGCUAUCAGUUGGCUCCUCCGAGAACCUCCUGGAUAGCCGCGCGCCCCACUCCAUGCUGGCGGACGGGGCAGCGUCGCCGGUGAGUCUGGGCUUCAGCAGCUUCUCUCCAAGCCUUACAAGCAGCGAAGACGAGGAUGACGAAGCGGGUUUGAAGGGGCGUCCGGCGGGGGGCGCGACCCGCUGGCGGAGACUCGGCGCCGUGGCAGAGACGGGCAACUCAGAGGAGGAUGAAGACCAGGAGAAGGAGGAGGAAGGAGAAAAGGACAAGACUAGCGGAAGGAGUGACGGAGAGACAGGAGGAGAGGGAGAGGAAGGCUCGUGGAGAUAUAAGGACUUCGGCAAGGAGUUUGAGCCUUUGAAGAGUGUACAGCUAUUGAGGAACCUGCGGAGUUUGAGUCUGUACCUUCCCGUGCACACGAUCGCCAGUGAUACGGACACCGGGGAGAUGUAGCGGGGCGAGCGAGAGAGAGAGAGAGAGAGAGAGAGAGAGAGAGAGAGAGAGAGAGAGAGAGAGAGAGAGAGAGAGAGAGAGAGAGAGGACAUCCAUUCCCCUCUCCCCGUUCCGCAGUUCCUCUCUUUCCUCCGUCUCGUUCCGUCCUAAUCUGAACAUACAGUAUGUAGCUUUUCUCACACAUUUUCUACAUACACGCGUCGCCUUUCCCUUCAUGGGCUGUACAUAGAGAUCCAUUCCUCUCACUUUUUGUACCAUUGUAACUCUUAGGUGUACACCAGGAACACACACACACACACACACACACACACACACACACACACACACACACACACGAUGGCUGUAAAUUUACCACUUACGCUUAAAAACUCUUAGCUAUUGCAUUUUUUUUUUUUUUUUUAGUUGAAGCGCUUUCUCAUCAUUAUCGUUAUUAUUAUUAUUAUUAUUUACAUUGUCUCGAUUUUUUUUAUUGUCUAAUAAUUUAAGAUGUGGAAGGAAGCAUUUAAUCUGUAGCAUUUUCUUUUAGAGCCUCGAGGAUUUGCAGAAAAAAAAAACUCCGGUUAGAUUUUGUUUGUAGAAAUUUUCGCAAGCAUUUGUUGUGGUACUAAGGUUGUCAUAGAAAAUGGGAAGUGAAAGGAAAAAAAACGGGAGAAGGAUUAUUAUGGAAGGUCAUUACGUAUUAUCUUCUUUGGUUGUAAUGAUUCCUUGAUUUUGUUGAUUCUGGUUGUCAUUAUUAUUAUUUUUAUUAUUAUAUGUAUUUUUUUGGUCUUUUUAAUAUAUUGUGCAUUUAGCAAGAAUGAUUCUGUUUUAAUUUAUUGCAUUAUGAUCAUCGCUUCUUCUGCUAUAUCAAUUUUUAGGCAACUUUGUUUUCUUUCUCCUCUUUAACUUAUACUUACAAAAUACCGGAUAUUCAUAAAAAAGUAAUGCAUUUUUUCUUUACUCUUUUUUUUUUCAUUACAAGAGAAAGACUUUAGUAUUUCGAUGCAUUGAAUUCAUCAUCAUUGUUAUUCUUUAUUAUUAUUACUAUUACUCCUAGUGCUACUGCUGUUGGCCGGGGUAGUGUCGCCCAGUGAGGUGUAGUAAUAGGUGUCGGUCAGGUUUAGGCAGCUGGCCAGGUGUAUACGUACCGUAGUCAGCUGUGUGUAGGUUAGCGACUCUCUACCAAAGACGUGAAGCAAGAAGCGUGAAGAGCGACCCGGUGUGGGAGGCGGCGACGACGAGGACGAGAAAAAUGAUGAAUAUAAAAACGGAAAAAAUAAGAAUACAGGAAAAGAGGAAGAAUAAAAGAAAAAGCAGUAGGAGGAGUAAGAGGAUAGAGAAUAAGAACACAUAAAAAUAUCAGAUAUCAGGUGAGGUUUAUAACAGAGAUAACUCCUGAGAUUAUAUACUAUUACUACGAGUGAGAGAACAAGAUAUAUUAAAGUAAGUCUUCUCCCCACCAACCUUUCCAUCCAGAGGAGAUACGAUGAGGAAUAUAAAUGGGAUGGAAAUAAUGCAUAAGAUUGUAAAGAUAGAAGAGAUGCUAAGGAGGAGAAGAAGGAUGAAUAUGCAAGGGACUAAAAGAUUAUUUAAGACUGGGGGGGGAUAAAAGAAGAGAUGCCAGAAAGGAAGAGAGAGAAGGACGAAUAUGGAAGUUAAUUUCAGAUUACAGCAAUUAAAUAAAAGAAACCAGAAAGUAGCGGGAUCAGAGGGAGAAAAUAUAGAAGUAGCGCGGAUAAAGUACAUGUUUUCAGUAGGAGAUUAUUUGUUUUUGCCUUCUCUUGCGGGUCGCCUGGCGGGGUCGAUCACUGCAGUGGUCACGCACGCUUGUACUUCUGUGUUUGCAUUUUUUUUUUUUUUUUUUUAUCAUUCGUCCUUCUCAGUGUCCUUCUUAUCUGGAACUGUUAGAAAUUCCAUAGAAUCCCGCUCCUUUUUAUCCAAUGGCUGUUCUAAAAAAGAACUGAGCCAGUGACAUGAAAUGCAUUAUUUAUUAUACUUUAUAAGGCAACUGUGCAUUUAUUUAUUUUAUUUUUUUUCGGUAACAAAAGACGAUCGUAAGUUAAUAUAAUGUAAGUAUUGAUUAUUCUUUCCCUUUUUUUUUUUUUUUUUUUUUCUUCAGUGUUUGAGGAGGUUUAUCAUUUUGUAACUCAGGCUUUUUAACCCCUGCAUUUAGGCGUCGCAGUGUUACCAAGAAUUUUACUUAACGCGCCACGCAAUGCCAGGAUGUCGUCCGUAUUAACAAUGGUUGGUUCACGCUUGUUCAUUCAUAGUGUGUUGUAUCUUUGCUAUUCAAGGCAUUCCUAUUAUACUUACGGGACAGCUAAAGCUUUUUUUUCUUAUGUAACCUUAAACUUUCGUCAAACAUUUAAACACUUUCAUCACGUCUCAUUUUUCUUCACAUUGUCUUGUCAUCUGCGUUAUAAAAAACACUUUUAUCUAUUUUUCUUUUUUUUUUUUUAAUUGAGUAGUUAGUGUAUUGUGCUCUCACUUUGUAUUUCUAAAUCAUUUUGACAUAUUUUAUUUUCAUCACUCAGUUGAAACUUUCAUAUGACAUGUAUUGUUUUGAUGGCUUUAUUUUUUUUUUGUCCUAACUGAACUUUUUAUAUAUAGUUAAAAAAAAAAAAGGUAGCGUUUAUUUAUCUUAUUUUUUUAUAUUUUUUUCAUUUAUUUAUUUUCUUCUUCUUACGUAUUUGGAAACAUCAUAGCUUUGGCGCCGCUGAAGCUCGCUCACUCAGACAGAAAAAGAAGCCACAAUUCUCUCACGCCCUUAGCAGCGACAGGAGCAAUGGUAGGCAGCAGGGAGGAGAGCCGCCGUCGCCGCCGCCACUCCUGGUGCAGGAUGGUGUUGACAGUGUAGGCGCGGCUCACGACCGGGAUUUGCAAUAAAAUGUUUUCGGACA